ACUCCGCCCAUACAUUGUGUCUGAUAUCUCUUCUCCAGGCCAGAGCCUGGUUAUUUCCUGAUCGUUCUAUCCCAGUGGCACGAGGAGCGUAUAUCGCAUUGGAGCUGCAUUUAUUUGGGUUUAGAAAAGUAAUUUUGGAGCGCGGUUUGUAAGCGGAGACUAUAAAUACGCUCUACAACUUCGAUAUAUGUAAUCUUUGCCUUCUAAUUUAUCAAUGAUGAAGACACUUCCUGGGGUUGGUGUUUUUGGAACAGGGAGCACAGCAAGGGUCUUAAUUCCAUUGCUUCGAUCUGAAGGAUUUUGCAUUAAAGCGCUUUGGGGGAAAACGGAUGAAGAAGCCAAACAACUGGCAGAAGAAAUGGAUAUUUCAUUUUACACUAGCCGUACAGAUGAUGUGUUACUUCACCAGGAUGUAGAUCUUGUGUGCAUCAGCAUACCUCCCCCUCUCACACGGCAAAUUGCAGUGAAGGCAUUAGGAAUUGGGAAGAAUGUGCUCUGUGAAAAGGCUGCCACAUGCCUGGAUGCUUUUUUGAUGGUGAAAGCUGCAUGUUACUAUCCAAAGCUCAUGAGCCUAGUGGGUAAUGCUCUGCGGUUCCUGCCAGCCUUUGUGCGCAUGCGACAGCUAAUCCUAGAGGAAGGCUACGUUGGGGAAGUCCAGAUAUGUGAUGUACGUGUUUACUGGGGGAGCUUGCUGAGCAGCAAGUACAGCUGGAUCUGUGAUGAACUAAUGGGAGGAGGUGGACUGCACACAAUUGGUACAAAUGUGGUAGAUCUUCUCACUCAUUUGACAGGCAAGAGGGCAGUCAAAGUUCAUGGACUUCUCAAGACUUUUGUAAAGCAAAACAAGGCUAUCACUGGAAUCCGCCAUGUAACCAGUGAUGAUUUCUGCUUUUUCCAAAUGCAAAUGACCGGAGGGGCUUGCAGCACAGUAACACUUAACUUCAAUAUGCCCGGUGCUUUUGUACAUGAAGUAUUGGUUGUGGGAUCAGCUGGAAGGCUAAUUGCACGUGGAACUGAACUUUACGGCCAGACAAACUCUUCUCCAGAAGAAGAGCUGUUACUUUCAGAUACUCUGGAUAAUGUUAUUUUCAAUGGAUUUGAAAAGGUCCCUCAGCCUUAUCUUAAAGGCAUGGCACACAUGGUUAAGGCACUGUCUCUCUCAUUCCAGGAUCAGGAGGAUCAAAGAACUUGGGACCAUAAGCCAUUAGCAGCUGCUGCCACCUUUGAAGAUGGCUUAUACAUGCAAAGUGUUGUAGAUGCAAUCCGGUUGUCAAACCGUUCUGGGGAAUGGGAAACUGUUAAAGUGAUGACUAAAGAACCUGGUUCCAACCAAAAUAUGUGUGAAGCUAUUCAAGGGAACAGCUUUUAAUUUAUAUUAAAAAAAUGUCUUCCUCA